AUGUCAACGCUCAAUGUACCAAAAGAGACAAUGAGUAGAAAAGACCCAGAAAAGUUUUUCACUAUUGUUGAGAAAUUGGGUGAAGGUUCAUAUGGUUCAGUAUAUAAAGCAAUUAAUAUUUCAACAGGAAUUGUUGUUGCCAUUAAAAAGGUAUCAGUCGACAAUGAUCUUGAAGAUAUGGAAAAGGAAAUCAGCUUUAUGAAACAAUGUAAGAGUCCAUACAUUGUAACUUACUAUGCAAGCUUUAGAAAAGAAAAUGAAGUUUGGAUUGUUAUGGAACAUUGUGGAGCAGGAUCAGUAUGUGAUGCAAUGAAAAUUACAGAUAAGACAUUAUCAGAGGAUCAAAUUGCAGUUGUUAGUAGGGAUGUUUUACAAGGUUUAGCAUAUUUACAUUCAGUUAGAAAGAUUCAUAGAGAUAUUAAAGCAGGUAACAUUUUAAUGAAUCAUAAAGGUGAAUCGAAAUUAGCAGAUUUCGGUGUUAGUGGUCAAUUAUCAGAUACAAUGGCAAAACGUCAAACUGUAAUCGGUACCCCAUUUUGGAUGGCUCCUGAAGUCAUUCAAGAAAUUGGUUAUGAUUAUAAAGCAGAUAUUUGGUCAUAUGGUAUUACAUGUAUUGAAAUGGCAGAAUCAAAACCACCAUUAUUUAAUGUUCAUCCAAUGAGAGUCAUAUUUAUGAUUCCAAAUCCAUCAAGACCACCACCAAAAUUAACAGAACCAGAGAAAUGGUCACCAGAAUUCAAUGACUUUUUAGCAAAAUGUUUAACAAGAAAACCAGAAUUAAGACCUUCCGCUGAGGAAUUAUUAAAACAUCCAUUCAUUACAAAAGCAAAAUCACAUUCACUCUUGGUACCAUUAAUAGAUGAACAAGAUAUAAUCAUCAAUGAAAAAGGUAGAGAAGUCGCUUUAGGUAUUGAACAAAGAGAUGAAGAAGAGGAAGAUGAAGAUGAAGAUUCUGAAGAUUCUGAUGAUAAUAGAGGAACUAUGGUUAGAGCGAAACCAAGAUCAAUGCAAAAUUCAGGUGGUGAAGAUAAUGAUGAAGAAUAUGAUACAGGUACAAUGGUUAUUACUGAUAAUAAGAAUUCUUAUGAUACAGUUGUAUUUAAUAAUGAUGAUGAAGAUAGUGGAACAAUGAAAUUAAAGAAUACAAUGCCUUCAAAUAAAAAGAAUUUUGUACCAGAUUAUAUGAAUCAAUUUAAAAAGAGUGAUGAUGAUGUCACCAAUGUUCCUUUAAGUGAUAAAUACUCUAGUUAUUCCUUAGAGGAAUUAAAGAAAAUGUUGGCUGAAUUAGAAAUUGAAAGAGAAAAAGAAGUUCAAAAAACACUUGAAAAAUUUUCAAUUAAUCGUCAAGCUUUAUUAGCUGUAAUUGAUGAAAAGAAAUCAAAGUAG